AUGACACUGACCCAGACGCUAUCGAAGCUACUUGGUCUGAACCUCUCCUCUGGGUCAUCACCAACCCCUCAAAACCUCACCAAGAUCAUAUCUUUCUGCGCAGCAUUGCCUUCUUUGGAUUCGGGUAGUGCCCUUCACGCCAUUGUUACCAAACUGGGUUUCUGCUCCAAUGUCUAUAUACGCAGCGCACUCGUCGACAUGUACGGCAAAUGCAGCAAGUUGUGUAAUGCUCAGAAGGUGUUCGACGAAACGCCUCACAGAAAUGUAGUGACUUGGAACUCUCUGAUUUCUGGGUACUUGCAAGCCGGCUCACCACUGAGAGCAGCUCAGCCGCCGACGACGUUUAGUUUUUCGGGGGUGUUGGUGUGUUGCGCACAGUUGGAAGCUGAGGAGCUUGGAGCUCAGGUUCAUGGGUUGAGCUUGAAAAUGGGGCAUUGUGAUGAUGUUUUGGUGGGGACAGGGUUGAUAGAUAUGUAUUCCAAGUGUGGUAAGGUUGGUGAGUCGCGGCAUGUGUUUGAUCAAAUGCGGGACAGGAAUGUUGUGACUUGGACUUCCAUGGUUACUGGGUGUGCGCAGAGUGGACUGUCUGAUGAAGCAAUGAGUUUGGUGAGAGAAAUGCUGAGGUUGGGUCUAAAGCCUAAUUAUGUUACUUAUAAUAGCUUGUUGAGUUCAUAUCCUAGUUGGGAUUGUUGCAGGCAAACGCAUUGCCGGAUAGUGAAAGAAGGGUUUGAUUCUAAUGUGUAUAUUGCGGUUACCCUUUUGAGUAUAUAUUCGGAGUGUAAUAGUAGCUUGGAGGACUUCCGUGCGCUUUGCUCAUGUGUUGCAGUGUGGGAUCAAAUUUCAUGGAAUGCAGUGAUUGCAGGUUUUUGUAAUAUCGGGAGCAGUGAGGAAGCUCUGGAGUGUUUCUCUGAAAUGAGGCAGGCCGGUGUUCCUGCGGAUUUUUUCACAUUUACAAGUAUCUUAAGAGCAGCAGGAACUGUUUCAGCACUUGUGGAGGGAAAGAAAAUCCAUGCUCUCAUCUUCAAGAGUGGACAUGCUUCAAAUUUAUGUGUUCAGAAUGGGCUUGUUUCAAUGUAUGGAAGAUGCGGUGCCAUCCAUGACGCGAAAUGGGCAUUUACUUUGAUGAAAGAACAUGAUGUGAUCUCCUGGAAUUCAUUAUUAUCAGGUUAUGCACAUCAUGGAUUUGGGAAGGAGACUGUUGAACUGUUUGAACAAAUGAGAAGAACAGAGGUCAAACCAGAUAAUACGACCUUCCUGAUUGUACUAACGGCCUGUAGCCAUGCUGGUUUGUUGGACAAAGGGCUUGAGUAUUUCAAUCUUAUGAGCAAUGACGAUUUCCUUACACCGCCCAAGAUGGAGCACUACGCUACCGUUGUUGAUCUUUUUGGUCGGGCUGGAAACCUUCAUGAAGCGGAAGCCUUUGUCGGUAGCAUGCCAAUAGAGCCAGGUGCCUCAGUAUACAGAGCUCUACUUAGUGCUUCCCAAGUUCAUGGAAACAAGGAACUUGCUUUUCGUUCUGCAACAACGCUUCAACAACUGUGCCCAAAUGAUCAUGGUACUUACAUACUGCUAUCAAAUGUGUUGUUGACAAGAGGCUCCUGGGAUGAUGCAGCAGGAGUACGGAAGUUUAUGUAUGACAGAGGAAUAAGAAAAACUCCUGGUUAUAGUUGGAUUUGA